AUGGAUGAAUCAAGUCUCCGGAAACUUACUUAUAAACAAUUGCAAUCUUUAGCUGCCAAGUAUAAUGUACCUGGUAAUAUUAAGAAAGAUAUAAUGGUCAAAGUGAUUCUUGCUGCUUACGACAACGACAACACCGAAGUUUGUCGCAUCUUAAGCGGAAUCCAGCAUAACCGCAAAAAGCGCUUCAAACAUCUGAAAGCCUUCAAUGAAAACUCUAUGGAGAUUAGCGCUCACCUCCCUAACCUAAAUCAAACUCGAGCAAUGCAAGCAUCCCCUAUCUCUUGGGCAAGUCAAAUCGAGCUGUCAUCUGUAAAAACUCCAGUGCACCAUUACCUGAUUCAGCACUAUCAGAACACUUUCUUGAACACUUUUCCCCCUCCAGCACCUUCACCAUCACUCCUACUUCCCCCUUCUUCAUUGUCUGCCCUUCUCCCAUUGCCCCCUCCCAUGAACUCACUAACGCCACCUAUGGCCGACUCAUGGCUGCCACAAGCGCCUAUAAUGGAUCUGCGUAUUGACCAAUCCCAAGAGCUUCUUCCGCUGGAUCUUCAACACAAGACGGUAUUAAUAACACAUACCCAGACUUCGCAAUAUCCUGCCACGAACCAAGAGCGUUCCGUGCUUAAGCAGCUGCUUCAACCAAUCCAGAAUAUCAACAACAAAGAAGUUUACGACUCCGACACCAUGACCGCUAUAACCGAUAGUAAUGACGAUAUUUCUUCCGACGACAACGUGUACCCUAACUCUUGCGAACCCCCUCCGUAUACUUCUCCCGUUUAUCCUUAUCCUCAGACGGUUCCCGACUCCUCAAAUCCAGCCCAGACGCAGUUAAUAUCAACCGAUUUCUGGAACUACCAGUCAAGUGCACAUCAAAUAGAGUCGGAGUUGGAAAUUACCACUUAUGACUCCGCUAAGGAUAAUUUCAGCAAUUACGAAUGCAUUUAUCCGCAAAAUGGCUACGAUGAAGGUAGUAACUACGGCUCGCAGCAGGAAAGAAACCUUCCGAUGUACCAGGACAAUGAAAGCAGGCUGGAUUACAAUAAUUACAAUUACAUUAAUUAUUUUAACAUCCCUAAUGAUUACAGCUUCAACGAAAGCAACGAAAACAUUCAUUCGAAUAACUAUUCGGAAAUGAAUAUCAGCGAUGACAUCAACUACAACGGGCACUACAAGACUAAGGACUGCUUGAUUAACAAUGCUAAUAUCAACGAGCCGCUAAAAGAUUUGAUGACUUGCUCCAACAAAUGGUCAUGCAGUAACCCUAUGCAGGAAAGCGCUUCAGCGGCAUCUGUUGAGUCCGUCGAGGGGCUGAGAGCGGAAGGUAGCGGCAUCAACGGCCAGUUGGAGAGUAUACUUAACAUUCGCGAUAUCGGUGAUAUUAAUAAGGUCAGUGAGAAAAUCGGACAAACUUCUAGUGUUUAUUGCUAUGCAGAGCCAGUUACUUCUUCUGGUCGACAGAAGUCGGACAAGAAAAGGAACUUCAAGUUGAUCGCAGAAACUAGGAACCAUUUGUUUGGGAUUAAGUACAAAGUUUAUGAUGAUUCAACCACUGGUAGGGCUAUGACCCAACUUGAUUAA